AUGAAACUGUUCCCCAACUACACGCCUCCGAUUCCGCCCCACCAUCACCUCGGUGAGAAUGGUGGGUUGCCGGGGGGUGGUGGUGGUGGCCCCGCCAACCACCACUAUCACCAGAUCACCUACCAAACGCACCAGCAAACGCUCGCUCCGCUCCGACUCAACCAGGACCACUUCCUGCCGCGGGACAAGACGAAUACCAUCGGAGGUGGUGGUGCAGGAGGUCCGUCGUGUCCGCGGUCUGGCCAGCAGCAGCAGCAGCAGGCCAAGUAUCAGACCCACCACCAUCAUCACCACGGCCACCCGAAUGGUGGCGCGACCACCACCAGCCGUCGCGACGAAGACGACGAAGGAUCGGACCGGGAAGACGAUGAUACGCUGGAUGUCAACGGGAGUGGCGGCGGUGGUCAGGAUGAUGAGGGUAGUGGCGACAGUGCCGACAGUCCCAGUGAGGCCACGUCACCACCGCAGAGCCCCCUGCCACCGGAGCUACCGAUCCGCAACGGGUUGCUUCCGCCACCGCCGAGCUACAGCGCGGCGAACCUAGAACUGAACCACAUCAACAACAACAACGCGGAUCCGCGAGGCCGCGGAACGUCCCCUUCGCCACCGACGCCACCAUCCUGCACACCGCCGCCACCGGCCGGUAGCGGCCGGAAGACACUGUCGUCCGUGAGGCACUAUCACUAG